AUGAAACGUGGUAAGACCAAGAAUCUAGUGUACUCAAAGGACUCACCUGCUCUGAGAGAAUAUAAGAACCUUCUAAAGAAAAUAAAAGAGGUACCUACGAAUCCUGACAAUAUAAUUAGAAGUGAUGAAUCAAUUUACGAGGAUACCAAAGAAGAGCCUCAAUUUGAUACCAGUGCUAAGGAAUACACUAACCGUGAGAACAUUGUGUUAAUAGAUAUAAGCGCAAAACUAGGAGACCUUCCAGGGCUAACAAUGCAAGAAAAUAAUGAACUGAGGGGUGUUCUUAACCCACCUAAUGGAUCAAGUGUAGAAGGUAGAACAGGUCCCAAUGGAGCGUUACAAGUUCAGGCUGACUACUUUAAUGAAGCUAUUAAUGAAACCGUGAGGCUAGCCAGCUCAGCGGAAGGUACAACUGCGUAUAAUUCCCUCCUAGAAAGAAUUGACAGUUUGAAGGAAGCUAGGGAUAGGACACUAGAGCAGAGAGUAGUAGAGGAAGCAAGAGAGGCACAACUAGGGGACAUUUCCAGAUUACGUAAAUUUAUAGACUGGGUAGGAAAGGAAAAGGUGGGACUUGUGGGGGUAGCAGUGUCAACAGCUAAUAGUUUAAUUACAGCUAUACUAAUCCAUGCUAGGGGAGCCAUUGUAGGGACAGCGAAGGCCACUUGUAAGGUAGCAAAAGCACUAGCAAAUUUAGCAAAGAAAGCAGGGCCUAUUCUAGUUCCAAUCCUGAACGUAGUUACAACUGCGCUGUCAUGGGGAGCAAAAGGAGUUGCCUGGCUAGCAUCAAACUUAUGGGUACUAGUUGUAGCAGCUGCCCUAAUUAUAUAUAACUAUUAUACUAAGUAA